CUGGGGCUCAGUCCAGUGCGUUUCGAUACAGUGUUAUACUUUUAGCUGUACAGAUGUGCGUGAUAUCCGAUUGCGUAUCGCCUAUAAGAUAAUUCAUAUUUAUUUUUAAUAGCAUGGGAUUUACUGGAGUCAUCAUAACAAUCUUUCUUUUUAUACAAUGGGGCUCAUGUACAAUAGGAACGUGUUCUUUCAACACAAUGUGUUCGUGCAAACUGGAAAACAAUCAGCAGAAACAAUACACAGAUAUGGAAGUAUCAUGUGUUGGUGUUCCUUUCGCCAAAGCUCCAGAUUUUCCUCAUAGCCAUAUGAAAAUUGUCUCAAUUGUUGGAUGUGGUUUGGAAAUCAUUUUGGCAGACUCGUUCGGAGACAUGAAAACAAAUGUUUUAAGUUUGAUGAGCAACAACAUUGUCGACAUCCAUGACCAAGCGUUAUUGAAUAUGUACAACACAUUGGAAUACUUAGAUGUUAGCUUCAAUAAUUUGCAAGAAGUCCCUUUCGCGCCAUUGAAAACAUCCGAAAGAUUGAAAGUUAUCAAUCUUGAAAGUAACGAGAUCGUAAGCCUGCCAGUUUCUUGGAUGCAAGUCAAAGAAACACUAGUCGCUCUCUACCUAGGAGGAAAUGACCUCUUUGCUUUACCUUCAAACAUUGACUUUUCACUUCAGAGUUUCAAAAAUCUCACUCAAAUAUAUCUCGACAGAAACUAUUUAACUCAGAUUCAAGAGAACGCAUUGCCUUUUACCGCUCAGGUUUUGAGCGUUUCCGACAAUCUAUUGACAGAAGUACCCUUUAAACUCUUAGAAAACCUUCCAGAUCUGACUCAACUUUAUUUGAAAAACAACUAUAUAACAGAAAUCCCCAACACACCCUUCACUAAAAAGAGGAUUUUCGUCGCUUUAGACUUGUCUUAUAACUUUCUGAAAUCCAUAACCACACUUUUCUUCAGAUCCGUUCAGAUAAGAGACCUUAAUCUUCAAGGAAACCAUAUUGAGUCAAUCACUCCGGCUAUAUUCAACGGGGUAUCGUGUAAUAAGAUCGAUUUAUCGUAUAACAGACUCGAUAGCUUAGCAGAUAGGACAUUCUACGGAUUGGAAAACACUCUGAACUAUUUGGAUCUGAGCCAUAACAAUUUCACCAAGAUCCCGAAAGCUAUCUUCGGUCUCAAACACAUAAGAACGCUCAUUCUCGAUUACAAUGAAAUGUCUAAUAAUUACUCGGACAACUUCUUGAGAAAUUGUUCGCAAUCGAUCAAAAGUCUAUCAUUGGUCGGAACAGGGAUGAGAACGUUCCCGAGAAAUGUUUUGAAAAACACAAAAAAAUUAGUCUUGUUGAAUCUUAGUAACAACUUCAUAGAAGAAAUAGAUGAAAACGAUUUCAUGAAAUGGGGAGAGAACCUUGAAACACUUUAUCUGACUAAUAACAACAUCCAGGUGUUGAAAGAUAAGACUUUCAAAUCUUUAAAGAGCUUGGAGAAACUUUAUCUUGCAUACAACGAGAUAGAAAGAGUUGAAGACAAGGCAUUCGUGAACUUGGAACGCAUUACGACCUUAGACAUGAGUUUCGGACUCAAGACGAACGAAUUUCCAGAAGUCGCAUUGAAACCGUUGUCUUCACUUUUGUACCUAGCACUUACUGGUAACAAUAUCAGUACAUUACCACCUACUGCUCUUUACGAUUCCCAUUAUUUACAAUAUUUGAUCUUGGACUUUAAUAGAAUCGUUGAAAUACCUGAGAAUUUUUUUCAUCCUAAAGUUCACAGGUACUUGAAAGAUAUAAGGAUGUCCUUUAACGAACUCCUGAGCAUAGGUCCUAAUACUUUCAGCGGUUUAGAUGAGCUGCAGAACAUAAUUUUAAACGACAAUCAAAUCGCUUUUAUUCACGAAGGCUCGUUCAAAAACUUGCCGAAUAUCCUUAGGGUCAGCCUUUCGAAUAAUCACAUCAGUAAGCUCACGGCGCAGGCCUUCAUAAACAUCCCGAAUCUGAUCCAACUCGAUUUGCAGAACAACGAGCUUCAUGAAUUCAGCUUUAACAUAUUCCAAAACGUGACGAACAUUUUGCAGCCUAUGAGCAUAAACCUUUCAAGAAAUUACAUCGAUAAUAUAUACGCAAGCGAGGUGAUGAGUUCGCUCUACUUGAAGAACUUCGACUUGAGUCAUAAUAAGCUGACGAGCGUUCCUCAGAAUUUGAUGAUCAGUAUCAAGGACUCAUUGAGGAGGCUUGAUCUCAGCUUUAAUCAUAUAAGGACUGUCGAAAGUAGCGUGUUUUCAAAUACGAAAACUUUAGAAUACUUAAGUUUGAAAAAUAAUGGCCUUAUAUCCUUGAAACCAGGCAGCUUCGAAGGUCUUCAUAAAUUGCAGAUCUUAGAUUUAUCUUCGAAUCAUAUCGAAUUCUUACAUCCGAGACAGUUCGAAAAUUUAGAAAACUUGAGGAUAUUAGACCUGUCGCACAACACUUUGCGUUCGAUCACUGACGAUGCGUUCCACAACACGAAAAUAGAAAAACUUAUCUUAAGCAACAAUGUAUUCGUAUUACUCCCCUCCGCACCAUUCGCAGACAUAACCUAUACAUUGAGAGUCGUCGAUUUUUCGCACAAUCAAAUAGAGCAGUUGAGCAGAGAUUUGUUCUCAGCAAUGCCUUCCUUAAACGAGAUAAAUCUAUGCCACAACAAACUGACCCACAUCCAUCCGACAGAAUUCAAACACAGCAUGUCUUUAGUGAAACUUGAACUAUGUUCGAACAAACUAUCCUCAGUGAACAGAUUACUUUUCCACAAUAUGCAGAACUUGAGGUACUUGAAUCUUGCCGACACUAACUUAAAUGAUAUUCCCGCAAUAGACAUACCCAAUUUGGUGGCGUUGAACAUUUCUCACAAUCACAUUGAAAAAUUAUCCGAGUCAUUUCUUUCUAAACUUCCCAAGUUGAGACAUCUGGACCUGAGCCAUAACAAGUUACCUGCGUUGAAUGGAGUUUUCUGGCAACAUUCCCCGAAUCUAAAAAGCCUCAACCUAUCGAACAAUCCUAUUAAGAUUUUGACGAAAGACAGUUUCUCUGGUCUUCCGAACCUGAUCCAUUUGGACCUACAGAAGCUCGACCAUUUGGAAAGAUUCGAUUCAGACGCCUUACAAGAAUGCAAAAUGUUAAAAUCGCUUCGCGUUCAGACUUGGCCGAAAAUCGAAAAGUAUCGCUUCCGAUUGGCAAGGAUCAUAUCCACUUUGAAACAACUCAAGCAUUUAUCAGUACUUGUAACGGAAGACAAGCUAACCGAUCAGCUGAUCCAAGCGUUCCCGAAAAAGUUGAACAGUUUGGAGAUAACAGGUGAAAAUUUGGAACUAAUCGGUGAAAACAGUUUGGAAUGUCUGGAACAUUCUGGAGAGUUGAGUUUGCGUAUUACUGGAACGAAAAUAUCUCAUUUUCCGAGAAGAUUUUUCUGGAACAUGAGGAACAAUAAAUUUUCAGUCGAUCUGAGUAACAACAAAUUGAGGGAUGUCGAUCCUGAAAUAUUUUAUGUAAAGGAUGGAUUACAAAAAUACGGCACCUCUAUUUAUUCAGGAGGAAUAAACUUGCAAGGCAAUCCUAUUUCAUGCGGCUGCAACUCCGUCUGGUUCAGCGACUGGAUGAAGAGAUACAUGUUCGAAUCAGUCAAAGUGAACUUCAACGAGCAACAAGAAGAAGAGAUGAAGUCCCUGAUGUGCGUACCUCCCUCGAACGGACAGUUGACACCAUUGCUGACCUACCAUAGGCCAGGAUGCACCUACGUCUUUGGCAGCAAAGCAUCGAUCAACAAAGUUGAAGGAAAACUGAUAUUGGUGGCAGCGAUAAUUUUAGUGAACCGGAUAGCCUUUUAAUGAGCUACUUGUACCUGUAUUUAUGGAUAGUAAAUGUUCCUAUUAAGUUCUAUUUUGUGAUUUAAAUGAUUUCUUCGAUUAAGUGGACUAUUUUUCAAUUAGAUUGUGAUGUUUAAUUUGUUGUUUCGUUUGUAUGUAAAUAAAAAAUAACUUUUGGUAGUACACAAUA